CACAGGGAUACUGCGUACCAACACAGAGGAUAGCCGCAAAACAUACGCGACGUAAAGCUCAUCGAAUCGAUAUAAAAAAGGACUUACACAACCAGGACCGGUUUAUUUUGAUUUACAAAAGCGACUCACUUCGGAAACCGACGACAACUUUCGGCACCGAGGCUGUUUAUUUUGAAGAGAAGAUGUUGAAAGUUUACCUCAUGCUGGUUUUGUCCGCGGCUGCUGCUGUUUUCGCUGAAUCGGUACGAGAAACAGAAACAUGGGUACCUCUGAAAAAUAACUCACCCCAUGGGGAUCUGGAGUCUUCUGGGGACUCUCCGGCUGAAGACUUUGAGUUUGCCGACUUAAACCCAACUGAUGAUGAGGAUGGCUAUGAUGAUGAUGAUGAGGAAGAUAUUGAGGAUGAUUAUGAUGGCUCGGCCUCUGGGUUUUUAGACGAGACCAUAGAAAGCGAGACUGGUAUCUUCAGUAAUAACCGGAUCCCUGAAUCCGAGGGUCCAUUUGCGCCGAAGCCAACUAUCGAUAACGAUAUCCUGGUUAAACAGAAUGAGGUUGGCCGGCGUGGAGAACCAAAACAAGAUGAUCCUUCCGGCAAUGUGCUCAUGACGCAUGCUGAAGAAAACUUUUUGAAUAAAAAAGAGGUGCUUGCAGCCGUCAUUGCGGGUGGAGCAGUCGGUCUGGUCUUCGCCAUCCUCCUCAUCGUCCUGCUGGUCCACUUCGUUCUCCGCAUCAAGAAGAAAGACGAAGGAAGUUACGACCUUGGCAAGACGCCCAUCUACAAGAAAGCUCCCACCACAGAAAUCUACGCAUGAGCAUUCCGGCACCUCGCAUAACUUCUCUCUUUCUCUUUUGAACUAUAAGCUCACACAGUGCCUCGGCCCGAUGGGUCGCCGCCAACCUCUCACGUACCACAAAAACCGCAGAAGGACCUCACACGAAUAAUUCGCUCUGACUGGACAUUCGCAUUGAAAUCUUAAAGUGACUCGGAGGGGGAUAGCGUCUGUUGCCAAACCGCUCGAUUCAAAAGAUGUUCUUGUCUUUUACGCUCUCUCACACUUAUCGCCUUUUCACCUUGUGGCCCAUUGUGCCCGUUAUUUUCUCCUUUUUUUUUUUUUAAUAAAACACUACAAGGUGCAGUGGAGCCGUUCACAGGUUAAAGGCUUUGGAUUGAACCAGCCGUUAUGAAAAACAGUCCCGAUCGGUGCUACAGAAGGGAUGGUUACUGUAGCCUUUUACGUUAUCAGAUGUCUAUUUGUUUUUAAAUCUGUGUGCUGUAAAAACGUUUUAUUUCCUUAGUAAAACAUCCGAGGUGGAACCAAAUUGAGGGCAUGCAGUAUACGUUUGAAACAAAAUUCUGUGAGAGCUAAAGCUGGAAUCGGUGUGCUAUGCUAACGUAUGCUCAUUUCAACCACGGUGUUAUGGUACAUUCCUCAUAUCUGCACGUCAUUGUUGUGGUGGUUUUGUGCGAAGAGAGACUCGAUCCACUACAGUGCUGCUUGACUGUCAGCUAAGCUACUUUAACAGGUACAGAUGUCGUUGAUUAAGAAUCAGUUCACUGCAAACAGACUUUGUGCAUCCAGGGAUCUGUAUAUAGCCAUUUGAAUAAAAUGUAAAACUUUGGUACUUAGCCAUUUCUUGACAGCCUUUUAUUUACCAAAUAUUUAAAUGCCAAAAUCAUUUUUUUUUUUUUUUUUUUAUUGUUCUUAUAUCUCAUCCCGGUAUCUGCCAUUGGCGUAAAACCUAUUUGUGAAACGCAGAUGAUUAGCAUCUGUAUCCUACGGAAACGGUAGGAUACAGAGGACAAUGACCAAUGCUAGUACUUUUUUUUUUUUUUUUUCUCUCCAGUGUUUUUGUAGAUGUUCUUAAUUUCUUUUUUGGUAUUAAUUUAACUGUCAUAUUUUAUUGCCUGCCUUCAGGUCGGGGGUGUUUGUCCCCCUUUUCAGCUGUUGUACAUGUGAUUUUUUUGUUUUUAGAUUUGUUUUAUAUACAGUAGUGCAAAAAUUCAAAGGCUGUUUAGUCUUUCAGCAUUUUUUUUUUUUUUUUUUUUUUUUUUUAAGAGUUUCUAUUUCUUUUAGACUUUUUAAGCCGAAUCUAUUUAUGUUUUGUAGAAGGAUGUUCUGGAUUAGUUAAGGGGAACGUGAAUGAGCUGUGCAUUACUAGCAUGGUGUAAAAUGAUAAAAAAAAUAUAAAAAUCUGCUGCUUUCUUUGGUCACAUCCAGAUGAAAUCACUGAUCUAAUGUUGAAGUCAAUGAAUCAUUGAUUUCUGCAUGCAGGUUCUGAUUUGUUAAAAAUAAAGCUAUUUUAUGCACAUAA